GGGCGCGCAGAGCGGCCGCGGCUCCCCCGCACCUGCGGCCAUGGAUGAGGAGCGCGCCCUCUACAUCGUCCGGGCCGGCGAGGCGGGGGCUAUCGAGCGGGUCCUGAGGGAUUACAGCGAUAAGCAUAGGGCUACUUUCAAAUUUGAAUCAACAGAUGAAGAUAAAAGAAAGAAACUCUGUGAAGGCAUAUUUAAAAUCCUUUUAAAGGACAUCCCAACAACAUGUCAAGUGUCCUGCCUGGAAGUUCUCCGCAUUCUCUCCAGAGACAAAAAGGUUUUAGUUCCUGUAACAACCAAGGAAAAUAUGCAGAUACUGCUGCGACUAGCCAAGCUAAAUGAGUCGGAUGAUUCUUUGGAGAAGGUGUCAGAGUUCCCAGUUAUUGUGGAGUCAUUAAAAUGUCUUUGUAACAUAGUGUUCAACAGUCAGAUGGCACAGCAGCUCAGUCUGGAACUUAACCUUGCUGCAAAGCUCUGUAACCUCCUGAGAAAGUGCAAGGACCGAAAGUUUAUCAAUGACAUUAAGUGCUUUGACUUGCGGUUGCUCUUCGUCCUGUCACUUUUGCACACCGACAUCAGGUCACAAUUGCGCUAUGAGCUCCAAGGACUACCGCUGCUAACCCAGAUCUUGGAAAGUGCCUUUAGCAUCAAGUGGACCGAUGAAUAUGAAUCGGCCAUAGACCAUAAUGGACCUCCUCUCUCACCUCAGGAGACAGACUGUGCCAUUGAGGCCCUUAAAGCUCUCUUCAAUGUGACGGUAGACAGUUGGAAGGUGCAUAAAGAGAGUGAGUCUCAUCAGUUUCGUGUCAUGGCAGCUGUCCUUCGUCAUUGUUUACUAAUCGUAGGUCCAACUGAAGACAAAACAGAAGAGCUACACAGCAAUGCAGUCAACCUUUUAAGCAAUGUUCCGGUCUCUUGUUUGGACGUUCUCAUUUGUCCAUUAACCCAUGAAGAAACGGCCCAAGAAGCAACGACUUUAGAUGAACUGCCCAGUGAUAAAACAGCUGAGAAAGAAACAGUUUUGAAAAGCAAUACCAUGGUAUACAAUGGUAUGAAUAUGGAAGCCAUUCAUGUCUUACUCAAUUUUAUGGAGAAGAGAAUAGACAAGGGAAGCAGCUAUAGAGAGGGUCUCACUCCAGUUCUCAGCUUGUUAACAGAAUGUUCCCGAGCCCAUCGAAACAUCAGGAAAUUUCUCAAAGAUCAGGUUUUACCACCAUUGAGGGAUGUGACCAAUCGACCUGAAGUUGGCUCAACUGUGAGAAAUAAGCUGGUGCGCCUCAUGACACAUGUUGACCUGGGAGUCAAGCAAAUUGCUGCUGAAUUCCUUUUUGUCCUUUGCAAAGAGAGAGUGGAUAGUCUCCUGAAAUACACUGGCUAUGGGAAUGCUGCAGGACUGUUGGCGGCCAGGGGCCUCUUGGCUGGAGGAAGAGGAGAUAAUUGGUACUCAGAGGACGAGGACACAGACACUGAAGAAUACAAAAAUGCAAAACCAAACAUUAAUCUUAUCACUGGUCAUUUAGAGGAACCAAUGCCAAACCCCAUAGAUGAAAUGACAGAAGAACAAAAAGAAUAUGAAGCCAUGAAACUUGUCAACAUGCUUGAUAAACUUUCCAGAGAGGAGUUGCUUAAACCAAUGGGACUAAAACCUGAUGGGACAAUAACGCCUUUGGAGGAAGCACUCAGCCAGUACUCUGUCAUCGAGGAGACCAGCUCUGACACAGACUGAAAGCAUCACCUGCUCAAAUCUCAAUAUUGCUUUUAUCAGCAUCUUUUCUCUGUAGCUCCAGGGGAAUCUUUUCUCUAAAACAUUUAUGCCCUUGCUUUGGCUAGAAACACAUUAACUGGUUUACUCAUUGAGAAUCCAGCGUAUUUAAGAAGUGAUCCUGUGUUUUUGCGAUAUUGAGGCAUUCAUACAGAGCUGCAGUUAGAUGGAGUUGCAGGGACUAGGAACAGGAAAAAAAAAUUCCAUUCUGUCAAGAUGGAACUGAAGGACUUCACUCUAUAAGGCAGCCUUGGUUGAAUCUGGCAGUUCUGUUUGCCAAGAUUCUUAACAGAAGAUUUAGCUGUGUCCUUCCUCUCACUUGUGUGAGCUGCCCUUUCUGAAUCUCUCCAGAGACGGAGGCACAUGAGAAGCAGAAUGAGCUGCUAAAAGGGGCUAAGGCAAGUGACCCUUUAGAUCAGGACUGAGUGAAUGGAAGCCAAGCAGCUGCUCCAUAGGCCUAGCCCCACUCUUCACUUCAUUUCAAUUUUGUAUAAAUCUAUAGAGACUCACACACACACACACGUGCACACACACACACACACAGCCCCAGACUUGCAAACUGAUUACAUUAAAAAAGUUUGUAUGUCAGUUACCUAGAACUUCAGAAUACAUUUCUCCCUAUAAAGUUACAAAGGAUGGUUUAGUUCUGAGGCAGCUACCAAUGCCUAUUUAUUCCCUAAUAACCUGAACACUAGUACCAUAGAACUGAACCCCGCCUGUAUUGCUGCAUGGGGAGCAUGCAUUCUGAGGUCUAACACAGGGGUGCCAGGAAAACAUUCCCUCCAACCCGGAAGAGGGAAUGGGGACCCCUGGGUACUGGGAGUUCUUCUGUGGCCUCUGCUGAGGGUGGAGGAGACAGCAGCACCCAUUUGUACAUAUAGGUCAUUCAUACGCCACGUUUUAAAUCGGGGACUGUGUGUGCUUGUGUGUGUUCUACCUUUCUACCAUAUGUGAUCAGUUUAAUGGUAACUUUAUUUAUUUAAAAAAGAAACACAAAUAGUUACUGUUAAACUGAUUAAGGCUGUUUUUACUUUGGUAAAACAGAUUGGUCAUAUGAAAAAGUAGAAAAUGAAUCAUGCAGUAGACAGUGGGCCUAGUUAAUCAAUGGCUAAAGUUGAAAAGGGGUUGGUUUCCUCUUAUAUAUAUAUAUGUAUGUAUGUAUAUACAUAUAUAUAUACACAUAAUGUGCUUAACCAC